UUCAUUUGCGACAACAGUGUGACAUUUAUAAAUAUUCAAUUUUUUGUUUUAUUGAAAUUCAAACUCGCGAUGUCGCGAUCUAUUUUUCGGUAAAAUCGCGGUAUUUUUUACUUUAAAAAUGGCCGAGUUACGAGAGAAUGAGAUGCAAAUAUCACUGUAUAGCACUAUCUCACUCGGCGAUGCAGUUAGCAUCAAGACUGUGACAGCUCAGUUGUUGUCUGUUGUUGCUAGUGUGAAGUGCUCCCGGCUUUCGCCAAAAACGUAACAUCACGAUAAUAUCAGCGUUUUUGUGUGAAAACUAAGUAUUUAUAUUAUUUCUUUCUUCCUUCAAUAACAUGGUUCAACUUGUUAUCACAGUGUUCGUGAAAUUUUUAAAAAAUAUUAAAAUUUUAGGUUAUUGAUAUCACAGUUUUCUUGUAAAAAAUAUUAAUUUCACUUAGAUAACUCUUAUUGUAACAUUGAAGAUGAUAAUUUGAUUACACGUUAGCGAAAUUUAAUUAGGGUUAUUUGUAGAUGUGCUGAUUUUGCCGAAUAAUUUUAAGUCAGCUUAAAUAUUUAUUUCCACUUAUUACACUGUAUGUGCUAAUAAUAUUAUUUACAGAUGGGGUCGAGGACCAAAUUGAUGUGAGAGAGCAAGAAAAAAAAAGAUGAUGAUGGUUGCGAUGUUGUUUCAAAUGAUACUCGUAACAUGGAUUCUUCAGAUACUGAAGAGAAUGAAAUGAUCGAAAAUUCAGAGACAACUCAAAACUAUCGCCGCCGUUCUAAAUCUACAAGUUCAUCGUCCAGUAGUUCUUCCAGUAGCUCCUCGUCAUCAUCUUUUGUAGAAGAUAGCGAUGACUCAGUUAAAGAUCCAGAUUAUCAAGAGUUACGUGAAAAAUCAAAAUUCAGAUUUACACUAGCUGAAUUUAGUGAAAUUCCAAUGACAUCUGAAAGGAACUCUCAAGAAAUAAACCAAAAUGAAAACAUGUCUACCGUCGCAAUAAAUGAAAAUACACUACCACAAGAUUUAUUGUAUCAGUCAAACACAGCUACAACUGAAAAUCAAACUCCAAACUCAAAUGAAGUUGAAAUAGUUCAGACGCCUACAAAAAAGGGAAAGAAACGGCCAAGACAGGAAAGUAAUUGGAAGAAAAAUGUUGCUAAAAAUUUGAGAAAUUGUGGUAAGUCCUAUGUAUCAUGUAAAACUAAAAAAGUAAUGCCUGAACGAAUACUUAAGCCCCCUUGUAAAGAAACCUGUAAAUUUAAAUGCCGAUCCCUCAUUAAUGAAACCCAACGCCAAGAAAUUCUAAAUGAUUACUGGAAUUUGGGUGAUAUUGAAAGACAAUGGUCAUUUAUACUUCAGUCCAUUGAUGAAGUAAAGCCAGUACAACGUUAUGUUAGAAUUGAUGAAAAUGGAACUCCAGCACCGAAACGAAACAAUAAUAAUGCAUUCUUUUUUACUUUGCAAGGCGUAAAAAUAAGGGUUUGCAAGGACUUCUUUCGAAACACUCUGGCAAUAAAUAACCGACCUAUAGAAACUGCACUAAAGAAGAAAAAUAAAGAUACAAACAUCUCUUUAAUCAAAGAUAAACGUGGGUGUCACUCUAACCAUGCCCACGUAGAUGACGCACUGAAGAAUGGUGCAAAAGGUUUCAUUGAAGCUAUCCCUAAAAUUGAAUCUCACUAUUUGCGAGCUAAUUCAAAAAGACAUUACAUUGACGAAAGUAAGACUAUUUCGGAUAUUCACAGAGACUAUGUAGAACAAUGCAAGACUAAUAAUGUUGGUUUUGUUAAUUAUAUUAUGUUUUAUCGAAUAUUCACACAAGAAUUCAAUAUAUCUUUCUUUAUCCCUAAAAAAGACACCUGUGAGUUUUGUGAGGCUUACAAAAAUAGCACUGAAGAAGAAAAAGAAAUGAAGAAGGAAAGUUACUUAAAACACCACCAAGAAAAACUUUUAUCACGAAAUGAGAAGGAAAAGGAUAAGAAUGAUGAUAAUAUAGUUGUUGCAGUUUAUGAUUUACAGGCAGUAUUUCAGUGCCCUAAAGGAGAAAUAUCUGUAUUAUAUUACAAAUCAAAACUGAACGUACUGAAUCUGACAAUUUACGAUAUUAAAAAUCACUCUGUCGAAUGUUAUGUAUGGGACGAAUCACAGGCUCAUAGAGGUGCCAACGAGAUUGCCACAUGCGUUUUUAAAUAUAUAAAAAAUAUUUCAGAGGGUGGCAAACCAGUUGACGUUGUUUUUUACUCUGAUAAUGCUGCUGGACAGCAGAAGAAUAAGUCACGUUAGUAUCACGAUGGCUAUGUAUCUUUAUUCUGUGCAGAACUAUCCAAAUAUAAAGUCUAUCACUCAUAAAUUUCUCAUUAAGGGGCAUACCCAAAACGAAGGCGACUCAGUUCACUCUCAGAUUGAACGGCAAGUGAAAAGGCAGUUGAGAUCUGGACCUAUAUACCUUGCCUUAUUUUAAUGUCUUAAUUGUAAUUGAAGAUCUCAUCAUAAAUAUAUUUCUAAGUAAAACUUGUUAAGUACUAGUUACCACUAUUUUGAUAUUUCAUAUUGCUGUUAUAUUAAAGAAACAUUUUCGAUAUCAACGUUUUAUCAUUUCAUGACUCAACACGAUGCAACUUAGUUUAUCAUCUUCAACGUUACAUUUCAUUAUAACACAUCAAAAAUCUUGCAUAUUUCUGGAAAAUGGUGAUAAGUUUUCUCUUUUUUUUUUUAAACGUAUAAAUUAUGGGUAUUCUCUUUGUAAACAUACGAUGACUAUACAUAAUUAAUUUGUUCAUUAGUUAACCUAUAAUACGUUCUAACAGAGUUAGGUCGUUCGAACAGUAUUUAAAAAAAUAAGACCGUUCAAAAGUUUAAAAGUUGUUUCCUGUAAAGUUGGGGUUUUUGAGA